AUGAAAUAUGGCCCUAGCUACACAAUAACCACCAAAAAAAGACGCAGAAGAUUGCGAAUCAAUGCCCCUCCCAAACUUCCAAUUGAGCUCAUACGUCCUAUUGUCGAAUUCAUCGAAGAUCGGGGUACCCUCUUCAACCUGCUCCUUACAUCCUCGACAUUCAAAUAUGAGGCCGAGCGCGUGCUGUACUGUGCCAUGACGGACGAAGACAGGAAAACGCAUAUGGGUUUUUUAAAAGCCAUUCUUCACAAUCCAGACAAUGCCACACAUGUCCGAGUCUAUCAUGCACCAAUUGCACGUAUCAAGAAGCAUGAUGCUUUAUGGAGACGUCUGGGGAGCGCAUUGCGGUUAAUGUACAAUCUGAAGGAGUUGGUCGUGGCGGAAUUCAGCGCAUCCUUAUUUCCGCCCUCUCAGGAUAGAAAGUCCAUCCUUUUUUCACUCGAACACUUCCAAUGCCGAAUAGAAUCCAUUCACGAUCAUAAGCGGUUAUGUCAUUUCCUUUCAGGACAAUCACAACUGCUGAAAAUCAAAAUUGACAUGACCCACGACGAUCCAGCGUACAUCGAGCAUUUCUCUCCGGGCACAACCCCCCAUUUAUCCUUUCUUCGAGGGCCUCUCGAGUCACUUAAGGCUUUCCUUCCAGAGCGCACAAUCACGAUGUUGGCAUGGGAAACCGAGAGCUCUGAUUUUCACUCAAACUAUCUUCCGGUCUUAUCUGCCCUCGCUCCCAGCUUCAAUAACCUGAAAUAUCUCUCCUUUGGCCCCCCUGAGCCUUCCGUUGACGACGAUACAAGCCUAGCGACGAUAGCCCACCAGUUUAUUUCCCUUGAAUAUUUAGACCUUGUUGGCUUCCGUAGUAGCGAUAUAGAAGCAUUACAGCACAUUCCUUCUUUGAAGGGCUUGACUAUAUCUAUGGGCCGCGGUAUUGUCCUUUUUGUUCCUUCAUCGACCGUAUCCAAUAUCUUCACUUCUUACCCUCGUUUACAAUUUGUAGCGAUCGAACAGCUACCCGGUAAACGAGGCAAAAAGGUGUUCAAGAGCUGGACUAGCCCUCAAGCCCAACCGUCCGUUUAUACUAUUCCCCUAUCCGCGUUUCAUCACAUCUUUGAGUUAUUGCCCAUCUAA